AUGACCAUACCUGAAGGUGUUACAUGUCACAUGCCUAACCAAGUGUGCAAACUCCAAAAGAGUUUAUAUGGUCUGAAACAAGCCAGUCGAAAAUGGUAUGAAAAUUUGACAGCCUUACUACUGCAGCAAGGCUACACUCAAUCUGCUUCUGAUUACUCUCUCUUCACUUUGAAAACUAAUGAUCACUUUACAGCCAUUCUAGUAUAUGUUGAUGACAUAAUUCUAGCUGGAACAUCCAUGCCUGAGUUUGAUCACAUUAAGCUUAUCCUGGAUGAAAAUUUCAGCAUCAAAAACUUGGGCAUACUCAAGUAUUUCCUUGGCCUUGAAGUUGCUCAUUCACAGGCAGGAAUUUCAUUGUCCCAAAGAAAAUACUGUCUUGAUCUUUUGCAGGAACCAGGCAUGCUUGGAUCCAAACCAGCUCCCACACCUACAUAUUCAUCUGUCAAGUUACAUGCUGAUAAUGGAAAGGCCUUUGUAGACAUUGGAGCAUACAAACGAUUGAUAGGACGACUGAUGUAUCUUAACACCACACACCCAGAUAUCACUUAUGCCACACAACAACUUAGUCAAUUUCUGCACAAUCCAACAAUGGCUCACUAUCAUGCUGCCUGCAGAGUUAUUCGAUACUUGAAAAACAACCCUGGCAGAGGAAUAAUAUUUCGAAGAAAUGAUGAGCUGCAAUUACUUGGUUUCUCAGAUUCUGACUGGGCAGGCUGCAUUGAUUCAAGGAGAUCCAUUUCAGGAUACUGUUUCUUUCUUGGAACCUUUCUUAUAUCAUGGCAUACAAAGAAACAGGACGCCAUUUCCAGAUCAUCAUUAGAGGCAGAGUAUAGAGCAUUGUCAUUCGCCACAUGUGAACUACUUUGGUUGAUUGCUCUCAUGAAGGAACUGCACAUCAAGUGUACCAAACUUCCUGUUCUUUAUUAUGACAGUCAAAGUGCAAUGCAUAUUGCGUCCAAUCCGGUAUUCCAUGAAAAACUAAGCAUCUCGAAAUUGAUUGUCAUUUGGUUCGUGAGAAGCUUCAACAAGGAUUACUUCGACUUCUACCUAUCUCUACUCAUGAGCAGCUGGCUAACUUUUUAA